AUGGCCGACACCGGCGGCAUCACCGCCAACGAGAGGCGGUGGAAUUGCCUCAUCAAGCUCACGGAAAUGCUUUCGGAAGGCAAAGUUCGACUCGAAGAUUUAGUCUCCGAACUAAAAAUCGAUCAAAACCCUAACCCCAACCCAUCACCAUUAAUUGAGGGCUUCUCAAGAAAGGCCAAGCGUUCUCCACGAACCGGCGGGCCGAAACCCGUGGCACACGGCCCAUUUCCCGACGAUAAGCCCGAAUCCAAUUCAGCCCGUGUCAAGAAAAAGUUCAAGAACCUUCCAACUGGCCGGCCCACAAAGCCUAACCCUAACCCUAGCCAGCUCACAAGCAAGAAGAAGCCGAGGUUCAAAAUCGAGGACCACGUCAUGAUGACGUGGACAAUUGACCCGCCAGGCCCAUCAUCCAAACCGGGCCCGACCCGCGAGUUCGCGGACUACAUUAUCGAGAACUCGGGUCGACCGGAGAGCGUGGUUUUGGUGAUCGAGAAAAAACUGUUCUGGUCGGACGUGAGCCCGGGCCACGCCAGGCUGUCGGUGCCGGGAUGCCAAGUCAGAAACCGGUUCUUGUUGGAGAGAGAAGCCGAGAAGCUGAAGAAGUCGAGCGCGGGAAUCGAGGCGAAGCUCGUGCAGCCGAACGUGAGGGAAUUAUGCGAAGUGGAGUUGAAGUUGUGGGAGUCGAACUCGAUGUACGCGUUGAUCGGCGGGUGGAUGGAUAUCGUGGCUAGGAACGAGCUGGCGGUCGAGACAGAUGUCAGGCUGUGGGCCUACCGGACGAUAGAUUCUGAUGAGUUGUGCUUCGUCUUGGAAAAGUUUCCAAAAGGAUGCAUGAAUUGA